AAAAUCUUUAAAUCUGAACUUAGAAUUACUUUUGUUGUCGUAUAGUAUAGUAUAGGAAACAAAUUAGUAUACUAAAAAAGAGUUAACUUAAAUUAUUAUGAAUGCGUAUAAUGUUUUUUUUUAGAGGAAAUCAAAAUAUUUUAAAAACAAGAAAGUCUUAGGAUGAGUUCAUUAAAAAAGUACGGUCUUGCUAUUUGUGGGGUUGGACGAGCUGGAACCAUUCAUACUGGAAACUGUUACCGAAAUCCUAAAGUUCAAAUAAAGUAUUUUGUUGAGAUUGAUAUUGCAAAAGCUGAACAGUUAAAAAAUUCAUUCGGGCUUGACGAUACAAAAGUUGUUAGCGUUGAUGAGAUCGAUACAGUUCUUAAUGAUGAAUCAGUAGAUGGUGUUAUUAUUGCUACAGUAACUGGUGCUCAUCAAGAGUUGGUCUGUAAAUGUAUAAAUGCAAAAAAGGCAAUAUUCUGUGAAAAGCCAAUUGCAUUAGAAUUGCAUGAUACAGUUACUUGUUAUGAAAUGGCGGCUAAAGCUAAUGUUCCUAUCUUCUGCGCCUUUAACCGUCGUUUUGACAAGUCGCAUGCUUGUGUUCGCAAUGCUGCUCGGUUAGGAGAAAUUGGUAAAAUACAUAUGGUGCGAUGUAUCAGCCGGGAUUCACCUCUUCCCAGUGAUGAUUACCUUAAAAUAUCUGGAGGAAUAUUUCACGAUUGUGCUGUGCAUGAUAUAGAUAUGAUAACAUGGAUAUUAGAUGAAUAUCCUAUAUCCGUUUUUACACAUGCUCAUGCUUUCCGUAAAAGUAUAUCAGAAAUGGGAGAUGUUGACACUGUUUCCAUUACAAUGAAAUUUGCAUCUGGUAGUAUAGCUCAAAUUGAUAUCAGUCGGUUUGCAGCAUAUGGUUAUGAUCAGCGUGUCGAGGUUUUUGGCGAGUUAGGUAUGUUGGAGAGCAUAAACCAACAUAAAACAUCGACAAUUAAGUCAACAAAAGAUCAAGUAUCUCGAGAUCUAAUACUGCAUUCAUUUCCACAGCGUUAUGCAGAGGGUUACGCCAGCGAACUUGAACAUUUUUUAGAUGUGAUUGAAGGAGCUCCAUCAAUUGUUACUGGUAAAAACGUAAUGAUGGUAUCCUUAAUAGCUUCCGCUUGUGAAGAAUCUCAUAAAUGUGGCAAGCCUAUCUCUAUCGAUGAACAGAAUUUAACAUUUAAGCCAUCAUUUUAAUUGUUUAGUGUAAUUAAUUUGUUGGUAUAGAUUGUUCUUUAAAAUUUA